AUGGAUGUCAAUUUGCAAUUCAUGAGCGACUCGGCGAAGCGGCGACGCGACCAGAAUCGCCUAGCUCUACGCAAAUUCCGCGAGAAGAAGCGGUGGGCGGCGCACAAUGUUGCUCUAGAGACGUCUCAACCACCUCAGUCGAUUUCCACUGUCAACAACGGGAACAUCCCGAUCAACUCCUCGCCGGCGUUCCCGAAUGCACUCCCCAGACGGACGGGAACUCUGUCUCCAAACGAAACCCAGAUUGAUAGCACAAGGUCAGGGUCCAUAGAGCAUCUCGAUCUCGACGCGAUCCACCCGUUCUGGGAUCAAAUCAACCCCGACCUCUCCUUUCCAUUGUCUGAUCCAUCGCCCCUUCAGCCAAGCUUAGUACACGCGACUCUCCCUCACAGCAACUCCUCCGCCCCCUCUUCACGCACGGCGCUCUCCAACAGCACAUCAAGCAACCCCAUGAGGUCGCUUCCUCGAUCCGAAAAUAGCCAUAGCCCGCCAUCUGCAAGAAGCGACAAAGGAUGGAUUGAUGCACUUCACAUUGCCGCUCAGAAGGGCCACGAAAGGAUCGUUCGAGUCCUAUUACUCCGUGGCAACAUGGAUGUGAAUAACCAAGACAGUGACGGUCGAACUCCCUUGAUACACGCGAUCAUUGAAGAUCAUGAUUCAGUAGUCCGCCUACUACUCUCCCACGGCGCUCAAAUAGCCGUGUACGAUCGUGAAGGUCGCUCGGGACUGCACUGGGCUGUUUUGCACAGAAGACUCGGGAUACUCCAGCAUCUACUCGACCAUCGCGCCAAGUACGAGCGCAGUUUGGUACUUGAUGCGUAUGACAAUGCUGGCUGGACCCCAUUGCACAUGUCUGUAGAUAGAGCCUUCGAGGCUGGAGUGGUGAUGCUCCUCCAGGGAGGCGCGGACGUCAAUGCCAAAGCACACAAAUGUCCGUAUAUGGGCAAUGUCGAGCCGCCGAUGGAUCGUCAGCGAUCACGUGGGCGAUAA